UGGUGAAUGUCAAUUGAGUACUUUGGUGAAAAUAUUGUAGCCGGUCUCGCGAGUGCAGAGAUAAAAAGAAAUAGUUAAAAAUAAGUGAAUAAAAGAGAAAUGACUGCAUUUGAAGAGUUUGGUGUGCUGCCAGAACUGGGCAAAGCGACCGAUGAAUUAGACUGGACUUUACCCACUGACGUGCAGGCAGAGGCCAUUCCACUUAUACUGGGCGGGGGCGAUGUUUUAAUGGCUGCUGAAACAGGCUCGGGCAAGACGGGCGCCUUCUGUUUGCCCAUUCUUCAAAUUGUGUGGGAAACAAUUCGCGAUUUGCAAGCGGGUAAGUCGAGUAAAACUGGCAACGGGACAGCGGGAGCUGCAGCCCCUUGGACUAUGUCCUUUUUCGAUCGAAAUAAUGCACUGGCCGUAACUCCGGAUGGCUUGCGCUGCCAAUCUCGCGAAUUUAAGGAAUGGCACGGCUGUCGGGCCACCACUGGCGUCUAUGGCAAAGCAAAAUUCUAUUACGAAGCGACAGUUACCGACGAGGGCUUGUGCCGUGUGGGCUGGUCUACGCAGAUGGCCAAUUUGGAUUUGGGCACAUGUCGGUAUGGCUUUGGCUUUGGUGGUACUGGCAAAAAGUCAAACAAUCGUCAAUUUGAUGAUUAUGGAGAUGCCUUUGGCAAGGCAGAUGUGGUCGGCUGCAUGCUAGACUUACAACGACUUGAGGUCAGCUUCACCAAGAACGGCACGUCCUUGGGUGUGGCAUUUAAAAUACCCGAAAAUCUUCGCAAUGAUACCUUCUAUCCAGCUGUUGUACUGAAAAAUGCCGAGAUGUUGUUUAACUUCGGCAAAACAGAUUUUAAGUAUCCACCAGGCAAUGGUUAUAUAGCCGUAUGUCAGGCGGGUCCUGAACACAGCACAGCCAAUCCACUGGCAAGCCCCGCAGCCAAUACGGCUGCAAGUAAACCAGCGCCAAAUGCGCCACAGGCCAUCAUUAUUGAACCCAGUCGCGAGUUGGCGGAGCAGACCUUCAAUCAGAUAGAGAAAUUUAAGGUGCAUCUAAGCAAUCCCGAAGUACGCCCGCUGCUGCUCAUUGGCGGCGUUCGUCUGGAGGAGCAAAAAGCGGAACUGCAGAAAGGAAUACACAUUGUGGUAGGAACGCCCGGUCGCCUAGAGGAGCUUAUCAAUAGCGGCUUUGUGCAGCUUACCCACUGUCGUUUCUUUGUGCUGGACGAGGCGGAUGCGCUGCUUAAACAGGGCUAUACGGACCUUAUUGAGCGGCUGCACAAGCAAAUACCAAAGAUAACUAGUGAUGGCUGCCGCCUGCAGAUGAUUGUCUGCUCGGCCACCUUGCAUGCGUUCGAAGUGAAGAAGAUGGCCGAACGCUUGAUGCACUUUCCCACCUGGGUGGAUCUUAAGGGCGAGGAUGCUGUCCCUGAGACAGUGCAUCAUGUAGUGUGCAUGGUCGACCCACAUACAGACAGUAGCUGGCAGCAACUCCGUCAGCCAAUACACACUGAUGGUGUACACGAUCACGAUAAUGUGCAUCCCACAAACCAAUCUCCAGAGACGUUUUCGCAGGCUGUUAAGCUUCUCAAGGGCGAGUACUGCAUUCGGGCCAUUGAUCAGCAUAAAAUGGAUCGCGCCAUCAUCUUCUGCCGCACCAAACAAGACUGCGACAAUUUGGAACAGCAUCUAAGCCAGCGUGGAGGUCAACGAUACUCGUGCGUUUGCCUGCAUGGUGAUCGCAAGCCACAAGAGCGCAAACAGAAUCUGGAAAUGUUCAAGCGCCAGCAAGUCAAGUUUCUCAUCUGCACAGAUGUAGCCGCACGCGGACUGGACAUCACGGGAUUGCCAUUCAUGAUCAAUAUAACACUGCCGGACGAUAAAUCCAACUAUGUCCACCGGAUUGGCCGCGUAGGUCGCGCCGAGCGUAUGGGCCUUGCAAUUAGUCUGGUGUCUACGGUGCCAGAGAAGGUAUGGUACCAUGGCGAGUGGUGCAAGACUCGUGGACGCAACUGUCAUAACACAAAUUUAACCGAUGUGCGUGGCUGUUGCAUCUGGUACAAUGAACUAAAUUUGCUGGCCGAGGUGGAAGACCACCUGAACAUAACCAUUCAGCAGGUGGACAAGUCUUUGGAUGUGCCGGUCAAUGAUUUCGAUGGCAAGGUGGUCUACGGCCAGAAGAAUCUCAACAUGGGCACAGGCUACGAGGAUCAUGUGGAGCAGUUAGGGCCAACAGUGCGAAAACUAACUGAUUUGGAAUUGCAAUCACAAUCUUUAUUCUUGAAACGCUUAAAAGUCUAAACUGGUUCGAUUUUGGGUUGUUACACGAUCCGAAAUACUUUCACGGUUACGAGUACAUAAAAUACAUAAAUAAACUAACAUUAAAAUCUUGUGUUUAA